AUGACGUCGGCAGACGACCCACAGGCUUUCCUGGAGAUGUUUGAGGCGACCACGGCGGCAUGCGGCUGGCCGGCUGCAGAGUGGGCGCAGCUGAGGGAUGCAGAAAACCAGUGGCUACAGACGGGGGAGUCCGCCGGGGAGGGUCGGAUGACGGAGCAGAUCGUGUUGGAGAAGUUUGUGGAGGGGCUUCCGGCUGGGACCUCAGAAUGGGUGCGGUGUCACCGCCCCAAAGACGUGGCAGCUGCUGUUGUCCUCGCAGAGGAUCAUUUGGCUGUCCAUCCCAGGGACCAGGCGUCAGAGGGGCGGCCCCUGUCAUCCAUUCGAGUCCAGCCCCCACGGACGCUAAUCUCCACCCACAGGGGGUUUCUUCAGGCGUCAGGGCAGGCGUGUUGGCGGUGUGGACAACCCGGUCACUUCCGCAGUGAGUGCCCGCUCAUGGAGGUCGGCCAGGUGGUUCGGGUUGCUGGGCCGCCAACACCCUCCCCCGGUCCAGGAGGGACAUACAGCGUUCCGCCUGGCAUUAGGGGAGAUGUACGCUGCUGGUGUGCAUCUUGCCCUGAAUGCCAGUUGGUGAACCAACCAGCCAUCCCAAGAGCGCCUUUGCGCCCCUUACCACUCAUUGAGGUUCCCUUUGAGCGUCUUGGUAUGGACCUCAUCGGGCCAUUUCACCGGAGUGCACGGGGAUAUCGCUUUGUGUUAGUCCUGGUGGAUUAUGCAACGCUUCCGGAAGCGGUGCCUCUGCGUACCAUCUCUGCAAAGAGUGUUGCACAGGCGCUGUUUCAGGUCAUCUCCCAGGUUGGGAUCCCAAAGGAGAUCCUGACUGACCAGGGCACCUCGUUUAUGUCACGCACACUACAGGAACUGUACGGAUUAUUGGGCAUCAAGUCAAUUCGGACGAGUGUGUGCCACCCUCAGACCGACGGUCUGGUCAAGCGUCUGAACAAAACCUUGAAGUCCAUGAUCCGUAAGUUUGUGCACGAUGAUCACCGCAAUUGGGAUAGGUGGCUAGAUCCUCUGUUGUUUGCAGUGUGGGAGGUACCCCAGGCCUCAAUGGGAUUUUCUCCCUUUGAACUGCUGUUUGGCAGAAAACCACGUGGGGUUCUGGACCUGGUUAAAGAAAACUGGGAGGAAGGUCCAAGCCCGAGCAAAAACGAAGUUCACUCCAAAUUACUCGCCAAGUGGCAAGGACCCUUUGUGGUCACACGGCAAGUGGGUGAUGUCGGCUAUGAGGUUGUGCGUUCUGAUAGGGGCGGGGCAACACAGGUUUACCACCUCAAUCUCCUCAAAGCCUGGAGAGAGGCCGAGCCUGUUGCUCUGGUGUCGACGGUGCAGGAAAGAGAUGAGUUGGGGCCACAGGUUCCUAAGUCUAACAAUCUUGCCUCGUUUCUUUGUGACGACCAUCUCACACCGGCCCAGAGAGCAGAUGUUGCCAGGCUGCAACAGCGUUCUGCUGAUGUGUUCUCCCCCCUACCGGGACGCACGAACCUCAUACAGCACCAUAUUGAGACUCGCCCGGGCGUGACUGUGCGUUCACGGCCCUAUCGAUUACCAGAACACAAAAGAAAAGUGGUUUUGGAGGAAUUGACGGCAAUGCUGAAGCUGGGGGUAACAGAAGAGUCCAACAGUGCCUGGUGUAGUCCCAUUGUUCUGGUUGUCAAGAAGGAUGGGUCUAUUCGGUUCUGUGUGGACUAUCGCAAGGUGAAUGAGGUUUCACAGUUUGAUGCAUACCCAAUGCGCUGGGUCGACGAACUCCUGGAUCGGCUGGGCACGGCUUGCUUUUUUACGACGCUGGAUUUGACCAUGGGCUACUGGCAGAUUCCCUUGUCGCCAGUGUCUAAGGAAAAAAUGGCCUUCCCCACUCCGUACGGUUUGUACCAAUUCGCAACACUACCUUUUGGGCUGUUUGGCGCCCCGGCCACUUUCCAACGCCUCAUGGACCGAAUGCUGCGUCCGCACGCUGCAUAUGCUGCCGCCUACUUGGAUGAUGUUAUCCACAGUAACAGCUGGGCGGAGCAUCUGCAUCGGGUGGCUGCGGCGCUCGAGUCACUGAGGCAAGCGGGGCUCAUCGCCAACCCAAAGAAGUGUGCGGUUGGAUGGAGGGAGGUACGGUAUCUGGGUUACCACUUGGGCUGUGGGCAGGUGCGUCCUCAGGUAGCUAAGACUGCAGCAAUUGCGGCCUGCCCAGAGCCCAAGACUAAAAAAGAGGUGAGGCAGUUCUUGGGGCUGGCGGGCUACUACCGGCGGUUCAUUCCAGCCUUUGCAGACCUGACUAGCCCCCUGACUGACCUCACCCGAAAGGGUGCCUCAGAUCCGGUCCAGUGGACGGAGCAGUGUCGGCUGGCGUUUGAGGGUGUGAAACGGGCCCUCUGUGGGGAGCCUCUACUCCACACACCUAACUUCUCUCUCCCUUUUAUUCUGCAGACGGAUGCGUCGAACAGAGGGCUAGGAGCGGUUUUGUCUCAGCAGGUGCAGGGUGUCGACCGCCCAGUCCUUUAUAUCAGCCGGAAGCUGUCCGAGAGAGAAUUGAGGUACAGCACAGUUGAAAAGGAGUGGGCGGUCGUUGCUCUGCGGUAUUACCUGCUGGGGCGCCCGUUCACCCUCUGUUCAGACCAUGCACCUCUCCAAUGGCUUCACCGCAUGAAAGAUACCAACGCCCGCAUCACUCGGUGGUAUCUGGCUUUGCAGCCCUUCCAAUUCAAAGUAGUCCAUAGACCGGGGGCGCAGAUGGCUGUGGCUGACUUUCUCUCCCGCUCCCAUGGGGGGCGGGGGGGGCAGUAG